AGGCAUAAAAUUUAAAUUUCCCACUAAAACGUUGAGCUGCGCAGUCGCAUGUUGUAAUAAAUUCCGAUUGCGCAUGCAAUUGAUAAUAUUGAUAGACUGAAAAAAAUAGUUAUUAGAUUUAUUUACCAAUAUUUGACAUAAUUAUGCACGAAUUUAUGAAUAAAUACAAAAAGUGUCAACUAAAUAGUGCAUUUAAGUGACGUGCUGAUAUUUAUAACCUACAAAUAAAUUAAAUGAAUACAAUAAUAAGUUAUUGAGCGAACUGUGUUUUUAUAAAAUUGACACGAAAAAUAGAAAAUAAAUAUAAAUUUUUAAUAAACUAUUAGAAAUGACUACGGAGAUUGAAGAUAAGAUUCAAAAGCUUAAACAACAAGGCAAUGAUUGUUUUCAUCAGCAAAAAUAUGCUGAAGCCAUGUUCCACUACACCCACGCUAUUAAAUUAGAUCCAAAAAACCAUUCAUUAUACAGUAAUCGAUCCUAUGUCUUCUUGAAGCUCCAACAAUAUCAUUUCGCCAUGGAUGAUGCAUUGAUGACAAUCAAUUUAAAGCCUGAUUGGAUAAAGGGUUAUUAUCGCAAAGCUGAAGUGGAGUUUCAUACUUUUAGGUUUAAUGAAGCUCUCAAGUCUUAUGAACAAGCUCUUCAACUUCAGCCCAAUGAUCCUGAUAUUCUAAAAGCGAUUAAUAGAACGUCUAGAUCCCUUAUUAAGGAUCAAAGAGCUGACCAACAAAUUCCGUGGCUUGGAGCUGGUAUUGGUAUUAUUCUUGGAGUGAUUGUGGUUAUUGCUGAUUAUGUUUUUACAAACAAACCCACAUUAACGCAUCCACUACUGAUGGCAUUACUAACCAUCUCCAUUGCAAUGUUGGGUUUUGCCAUAGCCAAAGGUUUUCGAUACUUUGUCAAGUGUCAACGAAAGUCUCUUCUCGAGCCACCUAUUGAUUUAAUGAAUGAUAAUAAUCAAGCUAACGACAAAGAAUCAAACAAUGAGAAGACCACUGAUAAGCAUCCUAAGUAUAGCAAAGCUCAAGCACGUCAAAGAUUUAAAAAAGGGAAAACGUAGCGUGAAUUUAUUUUAUCAUUAAAUUCUCAAAUGUAUUGCAUCAAUUUCAUCAAUUAUGAACAUUAUUUAAUAAUGUUAGAGAUAAUCCUUUUUAAAAUUAUUUAAAAUAAUAGACAGCUUGUUUGUUAGUUAUCCUGUCUAACAUCUUUUCUAUUUAUCUUGAUAAUUAUUGUAAUAAAAUUGCGA